AGGUUUCAUUUGCUUUUGCGUGUGUUGAACGAUUCGUGAUUUAGUGGCCAAAUAAUCCAACGCAACUCCCUUCCUACUGCUUUUGGGUGGUUCUACAACCGGUUCUUUGCCGCAGGAUGCGCUAAGAUGGCAGUAACACUCCUUUCCCCGGCGCUCUAUGUGUUACUCAAUUUCCUCAUCUGCCAGCUGUACCCAGGAGUGAAGACCUUUCUCUAUCUUUACGGAGAAAAACUCCCCUCAAGUGUUAGACCUGCGCAGCCAACGGUACACUCCGCCGUCUAUGCUCAUUAUAUUGUCUACUGGAGCGUCUACGUUCUCUACUCCUUUGUAGAUGCUCUCCUUGGUCGCCAGCUAGCCUACUUCCCCUUCUUUUACGAGGUCAAGUUGACCUUUUUCUACUGGCUAGGAUCGGAAAACUUCAAAGGCGCAGGCUUCUUGUUUCAAAGGUACGGAGUCAAACGCUUGACAAGCCUCAAAAACACACUCAUCAAAAAUAUCGAGUCCAGGUAUGGAGAAAAGUUUACGGCAACAGUUAUCGAGUUUCUGGGCAAACUAGGCACAAUUGGUGACUUGGAACCAAAAACUCAAGAAUAA